AUGACUUUGUUUAAAAGUCAGUCAACAGGUGGUUCUUUGUUCUCCAUUAUACUUCUUGGCGUGACAAUCGAUGAUAAAUUGAAUUUUGAAAAGCACAUUGCUAAAAUAUGUAGAAAAGUCAGUCAACAGGUGGCUGUGUUAAAAAGGAUGCAGAAAAUGUUGUCUUUCGAGACUAGAAGGGAUCUUUACAAAGCCUUCAUUUUACCACACUUUAAUUACUGCUCCGAAACGUGGCACUUCUGUAAUAAGAAAUCAGCUGACAAGUUAGAGUUGGUGAACAAACGUGCGCUCCGUUUUGUUUUUAGAGAUAAGUCCUCCCCUUAUGAGGAACUUUGUAAGCGUAUCGGUCUCUCAAGUCUUCGUGAACAGCGAUUAGCGAAAAUUUUGUCCACUGUCUUUAAGAUAUUAACUAGUGAUGCAGGACCAAAAAGCUUACGUGAUCUUAUAACAGUUAGGUGCUCCACUUAUAAUCUUAGGGGCACCACAAUACUGGACCUCCCAAAAGUAAAAUCAACAACCUUCGGGUUAAGAUCAUGGAGAUAUGCUGCAUCGAAACUAUGGAACGCUUUACCGGACGAGUCUCGAAAGAUACAGACAUUUACUAGUUUUAAAAAUUACUUAAAAACAUUAGAUCUCACGGGACUCUAGCGCGGUGAGG